AAAGGAACUGGGACACAGCGGGGUAGAUUAAUACACCGGCACAGGCUGAACGGRAUUAGAAUAGAACACAGCAGCUCUUAACGACUGCUUAGCUCGCCAAUAUAUUUGAUUACAGACUACUUGUCUGGUAGAGAGAACGACAACCGAUCCAAAACAUUUUGAAUUGUAUCCUACUGUUUUUAUUUAAUUCGUGCUGAUCUGAAAGCACGUAACGGUGGUAUUUUGGGGGGACCGAUAUUAUUGGGAAACCUAGGUUUCUUUCGUGUUUUAUUUCACUACCCUCUAGGAAUGCUUACUCAGAACAGGAUACAAAAGAUCUGGAUUCCUUCAAAGGAUGACAAACCGGCAGUCCCCCGGCGAUUGACGGGGGCCCCACACCUGGCCAACCCCCCAACAGUGAUUGUGAUGGUGGGUCUGCCAGCCAGGGGGAAGACCUACAUGUCCAAGAAACUCACCCGAUACCUCAAUUGGAUCGGCAUGCCCACCAAAGUCUUUAACGUGGGAGAGUAUCGCAGAGAAGCAGUCAAGAACUACAGCUCGUAUGACUUCUUCAAGGCUGACAACGAGAGUGCUGUGAAAAUCAGACAACAAUGUGCCUUAGCAGCUCUGAGAGACGUUGAGUCUUACCUGACAGAGGAGGGAGGCCAGGUUGCAGUCUUCGAUGCCACCAACACUACUCGUGAGAGACGAGACAUGAUCCUGGACUUUGGCAGUGAGAACGGCUUCAAGAUCUUCUUCAUUGAGUCGGUGUGUGAUGAUCCCAGCGUCAUCGCCACAAAUAUCAUGGAAGUGAAGGUGUCCUGCCCAGACUACCAGGACUGCAACAAGACAGACGCCAUGGAGGACUUCCAUAAGAGGAUAGAGUGUUACAGGGUUCACUACGAACCCCUGGACCCAGACCAGUACGACAGGAGCCUGUCCUUCAUCAAGGUGGUAGAUGUAGGKAGACGGUUCCUGGUGAACCGGAUCCAGGACCACGUCCAGAGUAAGAUCGUCUACUACCUGAUGAACAUCCACGUCCAGCCCAGAGCCAUCUACCUGUGUCGCCAUGGAGAGAGCACGCACAACCUACAGGGACGCCUGGGGGGAGACUCAGGGCUGUCGCCAAGGGGGAGAAAGUUUUCUGGGGCGUUGUCGACGUUCGUUAAAGAGCAGAACUUGACGGAUCUGAAGGUGUGGACCAAUCAGAUGUGUUGCAGCAUCCAGACUGCUGAGAGCCUGGGAGUGCCCUACGAACAGUGGAAGGCCCUCAACGAGAUAGACGCUGGGGUGUGUGAGGAGAUGACGUACGAUGAGGUGAAGGAGAAGUACCCUGAGGAGUUUGCUCUGAGAGACCAGGACAAAUAUUACUACCGCUACCCCACAGGAGAGUCCUAUCAGGACCUGGUCCAGCGGGUGGAGCCAGUGAUCAUGGAGCUGGAGAGACAGGAGAACGUUCUGGACUGUCACCAGGCUGUGAUGCGCUGUCUGCUGGCUUACUUCCUGGAUAAGAGUGCAGAAGAGAUGCCCUACCUGAAGUGUCCCCUCCACACGGUGCUGAAGCUCACCCCCAUUGCCUACGGCUGCAAGGUAGAGUCCAUCUCGCUCAACGUGGAAGCGGUGAACACCCACAGAGAGAGACCAGAGGAGAUGAAGAAGUAUCCUGGGACUCUGAUCAGGAGGAACAGUGUGACCCCCCUGACCAGCCCCGAGCCCAACAUCAAGAAACCCCGCAUCGACGGCCUGGACGAACCCCUCCAGGAGCUGCUGUCCCUCUGCACUCCUUCCCACCUCACCUUGGCGGACAGGUGA